UUCAUUUACUUCUAUUAUUCUUUCUGAUUAAAAGUUAUGAAUUAAUAUUAUACAAAGUGGUGCCGUACCUGGUAAAAUACACAAGGAAAGAAGGAAAGGAAGGAACAAUCAUGGCAACUAAUUUAAAGAUAAACAAGAAAAUACACACACGAGACAAACCAUACACUUGUAACAUAUGUAGUGCUGGUUUUAAGCGGGAAUAUCAUUUAAUUGGCCACAAGAGAAUACACACAGGAGAGAAACCAUACGAAUGUGACACAUGUAAGGCGUCUUUUUCCAUUAUCUAUAAUUUACAAAGACAUAUGAGAAUUCAUAAUAAAGGUAUACAAUACAAAUGUGACCUAUGUAGUGCUGCAUUUCCUGAUAAGGGUAGUUUACGACGCCACACGGGUAUUCACACUGGAGAGAAAACUUACAAAUGUGAAAAAUGUAAUGUUGCGUUUAGUCGCAGACGUAACUUAUUGGGCCACAUGAUAAUGCACACAGGAGGGAAACUGUACAAAUGUGAAAAAUGUGGUGAUGAUUUUGAUCAAAGCAUUAGUUUGCAAGAUCACAUGAAAAAACACACCACCGAUAAGAAAUGUUACAAAUGUGAGUUGUGCGGUGCUGCUUUUACUCUAGGACAGUAUUUGAACGCAUAUAGAUCCACAUCAGUGAACGCACAGGGGGAACGACAGACAUGCGAGACUUUUGGAACAACUUGUAUCCCUCUAACUAUCAAGACUGAGAAAUCAUCUGAAAAAAAGUAUUUAAAUACAUAUAGAUCCAAAACGGCGAAUGCUCAGGAGAAACGACAUACUUGUGAUUCGUUCGAAAUUUCCUCCAUCCCUCAAACAAUCAAGAGUGAGCAAUCUUCUGAAGAGCAGUAUUUAAAUGCAUAUAGAUCCACAACAGCAAAUGCUCAGGAGAAACGACAGACAUGUGAGAAGUUCGGAACAUCCUCUAUUCCUCAAACAAUCAAGAGUGAGCAAUCUUCUGAAGAGCAGUAUUUAAAUGCGAAUGCACAGGGACAAAGUCAGACAAGUGAGAAGUUUGGAACAUCUUUUAUCCCUCUUACAAUCAAGAGUGAGCCAUCUGAUGAUUAAACUCUUUAAGGACCAAGUGACACAUUUAAACACUGAAGAACUAGGAUGUGAACUUGCGAGAAAUAUCCUUCAGCUAUCCAGCAGGAAAACUGAUACAUAACAAUAGUGGUGAUAUGGCACAGUACAUUUUACAUUUUUUUUUUUAUUUUUUUUUUUUUAUUAGAGAGUUCAAUUUAUACCGAGUAGUUAAGACUUUCAUCGAACUAGGAUGUGAACUUGCGAGAAAUAUCCUUCAACUAUCCAUAAGGAAAACUGAUACAUAACAAUAGUGGUGAUAUGUUACAGUACAUUUUACAUUUUUUUUUUUUUAUUAUUAUUUUUUAUUUUAUUAUUAGAGAGUUCAAUUUAUACCGAGUAGCUUAGACUUUCAUCGAACUAGGAUGUGAACUUGCGAGAAAUAUCCUUCAGCUAUCCAUCAGGAAAACUGAUACAUAACAAUAGUGGUGAUAUGUUACAGUACGUUUUACAUUUUUUGUUUUUGUUUUUUUUGUUUAUUAGAGAGUUCAAUUUAUACCGAGUAGUUUAGUCUUUCAUCGAGUUGUUGUUUAACACUUAGGAGUGCUUCUACUAACGCUUAUUAGUGGCUAAAACAAAAUAAUAAGGUUCCUGAAAAUUCUAACAAAAGACAACACACUAAAAAGAUAAGGAAUACAUUACAUUUUGGAAAAACAAUUCAAUCAUUUACAAAUCAUAUUGAUAUAAAAAACUGUUCGCUAUUUUUGAUUCAUUUGGAUUCCAAAUAUUAUAUUUAUAUACUACUGAUAUUGUUUGUUUUAUUAUAUUACAUUUUCAUUAUUAUAUUCCUUCUACUAUGUACGUUAUUAGACUUAAUGAAGAGAUUAUUUUUACCUUGUUUAGAUAUUGCGAGCUUUCUCUGAUAGUUGUGUUUGAAUAACUUCAUCUUACCUCUUAAUACAUUCCACUGUUGCUCCGUUAACAGAUAUUGUUUGUUGCUGGUAUUUGAGUACUUGAAUUUUUUUAUACAUUUUAUCAGUUUAUAUAUGUUAUUUGUUGCUACAUUCUUUAUUGCUUUUUAAGUUUGUGCGAGCUCUAAUAAGGCUUAUAUUUUUAAAUCUACUAAUUGUUUAUGAAUGUUGGAGCAAGUGUGAGGUUAUGGGCAUGCUAAUUAGUUUAAGCCCCCAGGAGGGUUUCAUUAAAGUUCCAUUGACUGUUCCAAUGCCCUAAUCCCAUCAAUUAACGGUAAAGUUAUUUUGAUGAAGGUGUGGUUUGUUUAUGGUGUUGUUAUUGUGUUCUAUGUGGUAUAAGGGUUUUUUGGUAUUUGUUUUUCAUAAUUUGUAUAUCUGGUGUUAAUAUGUUAGCAUAUAUGUUUUUUUUCUCUAGUUCAUAGUCUUUUGGGCCCUUGCCUAGUGCAAAAAAAAUGUGGGGUUUUAAUUUUCUACAUCUGGGCUUGUCCCUGUAGUUCAUUAUAUUAUUAUUACAAACAUGCACUUUUUAAUAUAAACAUCCAAGAAAGUAACACUGUUGAAGUAGAUUGUAUCAUCUUGUAAACUUAAAAGUGUUAAAUAGUGUUUUACUGUCAAUGCUUUUAGAAGGAAUAAACUUUAAACCUCA